CAGUGGACCGAACUCGAAGAAAAAGGCGAAGUACGGAAUUUCCGCGACAUUCGAUCUCCCAUAAAUCAACUUACGCAGAAACCAUCAUAGAGCUUCUCAGAUCUCUCGUUGAGAAAUUUAUUACUUCCGAGGAGAGUUGCACCGACAUAAUACCCGUGCAGAAUGAGAUAAGAAAGCUGCAGAGCCUCCUUGAAAAUAAAGAAUAUCAGCUGAGUUCAACAGGUAAUUUUCAUCAAGGUCUGGUACAGCAGUGAAUUUUGAAUAUCCGACGAUAUAUUCAGUCAUAGUAAACGAAAAUCAAUAUGCGCCAAGCAGGGACAGCAAAAGAAAACAAAAUUUUAUGGCAAGGGGUUUUUAUCGUACUUCAGUGGCACUGCAAAUUUCUGAAAUCAAUCCUCAGGGACGAUUCGUGAAAAUUUACAACGCCGAUAACGAGGAGUACGAUUUGAGUGCAUGUAAGCUCAUGCAAACUAUUGAUGGGGAUCUGCUUAACGAAUAUGAAUUCGAUCAACUGAUAUAUCUUCCUGCCAAAACAUCAAUCAUUCUCUGGACGAAUGAUAUAUACAAUGAAUUGUCGCAACAGAAUCAUUCUGCAUCAAUCCGCUGCCCAGAUGUCCUAUGCUGGGGAUCAGGGCCUAACUGUACCACAAGUUUAUACAGCCCUUCAGGUCAGCUUCUAGCUCAACUCUGUGGUGUCAAUGAAACCAAAGAUGAUUGUGUAGUCCGCUUAUCCAAAAUGAGUUCUGAGGAAUGCAGCUGCAUCCCUAUUGGUCUCCCCACGACUAUUCCGUCUGGGAAACGAUUCAAAAGUGCUUGUGAGUAGUCAUGUAUAGCAAGGACUGACCGCAGAACUUCGUGGUUGAGUGAAUCAAGAGUCUUCACGAAAUCUAUGGAGAAGGUCCAUACAGGCUGCAAAUGUUCGCUGGACUUUUCUUGAAUUGAUGGUGUGGCACAUACCAAAUCCAUUGUAUGAUGACCAACACGAAAAACAAUCCAUGAGGUGCAGUUCGAUAACAGAGCAGUCAAACGGUCAAGUACGGCUCAUGCCGGAAGCUUACUUGUUCAACUCAGCGGGUUGAUAUCAAUGCAUUCAUCGGAUCAGGUCUUACUUAUUUUUCCUUUAUGGAGGUGCACAAUCUUUGUAUUCCGUAAGAAAUCUGGAGACAGUCAAACAGGUUCAAGAAAAAUACCUGAUCUCUUUCACAAGAUAAAGAAGAAUUCAAUCACGCAACACGUCCAAGAAUUUAAACCUACAUAUUCUCCGACGCAUCAGGCCAGAAACUAAACAAAGCCGAAAUACCCUGCUUCAGGCAAAUUCCGAUCAUGAUCUCUGUACAGGAGUUCGGAUCCGCUGCUUAUAGUAUUAGAGUUUGUGUGUGUCCAUCUGAGACCUCGUCCACUGGCAUCUCUGUGUACACCAGUUGAUCUGGUGCCCCAAAACCUUCCUACUUUUUUGCCCAAGAAGUACUUAAAAUGCUUUUGGACAUAUUCUGUAUCCAGAGAGAACACCUAUUAACACUACUGCUGUCUAGAUUACAUGGGACUAUUCAUAGUGCAUUUUUGAGGCAAUCAUUCUUUAGGUCAGAAGUGUAUUCUGAUAAUUGUUUUUGCUUACUUUUUGAAAUGAUAUAUUCUUCAAGGGGCAAAAGUGUAGCUGUGAUUUAAUUAUACUGGUCAAC